GGUUAGAAGUGCAGACAACAGGUGUGCACAGUUUACACAGACCAGGGUGCUCUCACUCUGGCAGCUGCCAACGGUCAUAGAUUUCCCACAAUCUGUUCAGCCUUUGGGAAUUAGCGGCAGAGAAUAAGGCCUAAAGAUGGCCAACUUCGGAGGACAUGCCAUUCCUGGCUCCUUUUUCCUGCUCUUUGGCUUUUGGCUAACAGUGAAACACAGCCUCCAACACUACUGGAGGACAAAUCAGCCGAAAGGAAGACAGAUCAUGCCGCCUUUCGUGAAAAGAAUGAACUACUUUGAGGGCGGAUUUUCAAUCUUUGCUUCAUUUGUUGGUAUUAUGGUUGAACAGUUUGUGGUGGAUGGGCCGCACGCCCACCUCUACGACAGAGAGACCAAUUCAUGGGUCAAGUUGAUGAACUGGCAGCACGGCACCAUGUAUCUGUUCUUUGGGAUCUAUGGAAUAGUGCUGGUUGCCAGUACUGCAUCCAGACUGGUGCCGGCUGGUGUCGACCACCUUGCUCUCUCCUUGGCUCUUUUCGUUGAAGGGUUUCUGUUCUAUUACCACGUGCACAAUCGGCCCCUUCUGGACGCUCACAUCCACUCCCUGCUGCUCACGGCUGUGUUUAGCGGAUCGGCCAGCAGCAUGUUGGAGGUGUUCGUUAAAGACAACGUUGUUUUGGAGCUGCUCAAAGGAUGCCUGUUCAUCCUGCAGGGAUCGUGGUUCUACCAGAUUGGAUUUGUACUUUACCCAUUAAGUGGACCAGAGUGGGACCUGGAACUGCACGGCAACGUCAUGUUUGUCACAAUGUGCUUCUGCUGGCAUUUAGCUGUGGCCAUGCUUUUAGUCGCCUGCAUCUCCUCUGUGGUUUGGUUCACAGUGGGGCGGUUCUCAGGAAGGGGGCGGGACAUAGAGAUUGGAAUGCGAAAUACAUCCUCCAAAUCAAGCUCCCAGAAAGCUUUGCUUGAAGACUCAGAUGAAGAGUGAUUGCACGGUUAUAGUUCUUUGAAAUUGCACUUAUUUUUGAUUUCAUUUAUGUUGAUGUUUCUGAGACCACAUCUGUUUUUUUUUUACAUAAUGUAUUUCAGAUUUCUUUUUU